AGGUAGCGGAAGUGCUGCUACACGUGUUUUCAUAGCGAUGUCUUGCCGCUGGUGUGCUGAGUAGUGGAGCAGUGGAUAGUUCUUUACCCUGAGUUAAUUAGGUUUUCCUGAUCGAAUCAACAUACACGAUGUCGGGUGCCAAAGGCAGAAUGCGACACAAGAAAAUGAGAAAUCAGCCAAGUAACGUGACUUUCUCGCAGAGUCGUGAUGGCACAGGUCGGAGUUCAGAUUCUCGGCAGCAGCACAUGAUGGGGCAGAUAGAGCACCGCAGUGGAUGGAUGAAGGGGCAUCAGGAGAGACAUGAGCAGCCACUGCCCAAGUACAUCACUGCAUCACUCUUUGCCAAAGCACGAGCUGCAGAAGUCAAUGCCAUGUUGAGGGCUGUAACAAAGACGACAGGUAGCUCCCAUGUAUUUGGAGCUCUGCCAAAGCACAUGCGCCGAAGAGCCAUGAGCCACAACUCCAAAAGACUGCCUUGCCGCCUGAGAGAGAUGGCACAGAGAGUGUUGGAGAAGAGUCAUCAGGCAGGCAAGAAAGAGAAAAAGGAACAGUCAAAGUCCAAAAGUCGGCGUGCCCGCCGCCGCCAUGGCUGCUUGUUGCUGGAGUUUAACCGACGGCAACGUAAAAACAAAUGGUUAGAGACUCAUAUCUGGCAUGCCAAGCGUUUUCACAUGCUGAAGAAAUGGGGCUACUCUCUUGGAGACAGACCCACGUACAAGUGCUACAGAGCCAGCUAUAGGGCUAUGAAUUCUGGCUGUCUGCUGCAGGAUCUCUCAUAUUAUUGUUGCAUGGAGCUAAUUGGUCCAGAGGAACAACUACUGAAUGCGCUCUCCAGGCUUACCAACAAAGAUGCAGGCCCAACAUUUGCAGCAGCAUCGUGUGUGUCAGGGCAGAAGGAAGGGAGAGUUGUGCUUUACAAGGCUGAUCAGUACCCUCACCAGCCCCUGGGCCCUGUGCACUUCCUCUGGAGGCCUUGCUGCACUACAUCACCUCACAGACAGCUGUGGAUCUGGGCACAUCCCUCCCUAAAACAGGAUCUUCUACCAGAAUUGCAGGCAGUGUGCCAGUGUUUUGAGGCAGUGGCUCCAGCUGUUGUGGAAGCAGUCCCUUCAGAGAACCUGGCAGAAGAAAGUCUCGUACCACCUGCACCUUCUGAUGGAAAUUGUGAGCCAAAGUGUACCAAGAGAAAGAGGAAACUGGAAACUGACAAUGAGAAGGACUACCCUGCCAAAAAAAUUGUGGGUGAUGGCACUCGAUCACUUAAUACUCCUGUUAGUUGGAAGUCCUGCAAGACUGAGAUCGUAAUCAGUGAUCUCACCAUGGAAAUAGUUCGGUAUCGUCUAAUUGGUCCACUCUCCCACUCUGUGCUGUCUGAGAUACUUGCACCAGCAACUGAAUGUGAGAAUAAUAACAAAACGACUUCAUCCCCUUUCUGGUGGCCAGAGGAGUGUAAGAAAGAGGAGAACAUGUCCCUACAUCGGCAGCAAACAGAUGUUUUUCAGCAACUGAGGGGUGUAUACGCAACGGCUGAGCUCCCAGCGGGGUGUGUUCUAGGCCUGACUGUAGACGACCCAAGACUGUCUUUGUCUGUGAAAAAGGCAAAAGCUGCACCAGACUUUCAAUGGACCCAAGGUGUUGAUGAGGAACAAAGAAGAAAUUUGAUACUGAGAGGAAUCCCUUCGGUCUGUGCUCAGAGUGCUCUAUGGGACAAGUCUGUCAGAGAGAAUGUUACAAACAACAAGAUUUCAGAAAAGGAUCUGAACAGGAUGAAGAGGGAGUUGUUAGUUCCAGGCUCCAGGUUGCCGACCACUGCACAGAGCCGGGUGCCAAUUCUGCUGGUUAACCAGGCAGGAAAACAGCUGGGAGAGGAGCGGCUUGGAUGGGGAUCGGGUUGGGACUUGCUAUUGCCUAAGGGUUGGGGCAUGGCAUUUUGGAUACCUUUGGUGUACUGUGGUGUACGUGUUGGGGGUCUCCAGAUGAGUUUAAAACACUCCCAGAACAGAAGCAUGCCCCACUUUCCUCAUGAUUACCCAGACUGCCCUGCAGGUGUCCGCUUCCAGGAGCAGCAGGAGAUUGAACUGCUGGAAAAUUUUAAGAGGCAUCCACCUUCCAAACGCACAAACUACAUCAAAUAUGGCUGUGUGGCUCCUUUCCGGUGCAAAUGGCAACAGCUAGUAGAGGAAUGGGAGGAGAAAGUGAAACAAGUUGAAGACAUACAAGACACCAAGACAAUUAGAAUGAAGGAUGUGACAUCACUCUCUGGAGAAAGCCCAAACCCAGCAUCUGCUUUUACUGUACUGAGGAGCCGUAAGGUGCUGAGGCAGCUGUCAGUCUGGUGUCGCCCAUCAUCUUCACAGACCCGGAGAGCACAGAGUGCUUGUUGUGCCCCGCCACUGUGUCCUGCACUUUCCAUGUCUCUGCAGGCUCAGUGGAAGCGGUGUAUUUUGUGGGUGCGUGUCUGUGCUCUUGGUAAGGGGCAGCCAGCACUUCAUGCUAUGCUUUGUAUGCCAACCACUGAAGACCUGCAACGCUUGCGUGAUGACCCCCAGUGGAGUGGCCCCAGUGAACCGCAACACACAGACCACCUAAAGCUCCAGCUGAAGAGGAAGGGCAAGAAAGAUGAAGCUGCUCAGUGCUGUUCUGUCCUGAAGAAAGAACAAGACAGUGGCAUUCCUGAAAAGGAUGACCCUAGUUCAGCUCCCAAGAUGCAAAAAGAACCUGAACUUGUAUCUAUUAAUCAACACUCUGGCCCUUCUGUUAUGCUCAAAGAUUCUCUCCCUGAGCCUAGUGCAUCGGUAACUACAGAUCCUGGCCAUUCCUGUGUUGAAUCUUUUUCCAAACAAACUUUAAUACAUGGAUUGUGGACUGAACGACUGCCUAAUAUAUCAUCUCACUGUACCCGUAUGACAUUAGGUUGGGUGGCUCAGGGUGAUUUCUCUCUGGCAACAGGAACUGGGGAGGCUUUAGGGUUUGUAAGUUUGGUGGGCCUCCUACAAAUACUUCUCAUGCAAUCAGCAGAUCAGCGAGGCAUCGUGCUUCUGCGCAAUCCCACCUCACUCCAGUACCGCUUUGCAAGACUGCAUAUUGAAGCAUGAUGCAUUGCUUAAUCACUUUCACUAUUGCAUAAAUGGAUCAUCAUCAAUGCCUGACGUUUAAUCUAAGCUCUUUUUAUUUAAAUAUAGAUCUGCAUUAAGGCCUUUGGAAUUUCACUUUGCAUCAGGCUACUAUCACUGUAUAAUUGCCAAGUUGUUAAAAGUUUGAGGUUAUUUGCACCUAAAUAGUUAUUUUUUUCUGGUAUUAUCUGGAUUGUGUUAAAACAGCUGAUUUGUUGAGUUUGUUUUCAUAAUAUUUGAUUACUGAGUUAAAGUCUAAUACUGGCAAGAUCAAUAAAAUUGCUGCCAAAAGUGUAAAAAUUAACUUGUACUGAAUUUUAUUUAGGUCUGUAUUUUGAUUUAGGUUUUACCUUGAGACUUUAGCACAUUUGGAAGGUUGGUACACAAAUAUGAGGACUAAAACAAAAUAAUAAUUUGUUAUG